AUGAGCUCAAGGCAUCACCAUCAUGAUAAUAAUAAUGCUUGUGGAUAAAUAAUAGCUGAAAUACUUUGCUGUUGUUGUAUCUGUAUAUGUAAAGAAUGCAUGGAAUAGAAUAAUACUUAAUAAGAUAACAGUAAGUAAUAAUAAAAGGAAUAAUUACUUAAGGAACAUAGAGAAUAAAAAGAAGCAGAAUAAAAAUAAUAACAUAAUGAUGAGUAGCAUAAAAAACAAAAUAACCAAACAAAAAAAAAUCCUAAUAGAGCAGAAAAAAGCUCUAAAAGUGCUAAUAAAUACACUUAAACAGUUUAAACAGCUGAUUAAAGCACUUAAACCAUAGAUUUUACUAAUCCAGAAAUGAACUUUUAAUUUCCAUAAAUGGUAGAUUAAAACGAGAAAGUUAUUUACAUUUAGCCUGAAAUGACAGAUUAAAAAAAUAAAGUUAUUUACCUUUAGCCUGAAAUGGCAGAUUAAAACAUUUGA